UAUCAUGGUCAACACUGCAAGACUAUCAUGGUCAACACUGCAACACUAUCAUGCUCAACACUGCAAGACUAUCAUGCUCAACACUACAAACACUAUCAUGCUCAACACUACAACACUAUCAUGCUAAACACUACAACACUAUCAUGCUCAACACUACAACACUAUCAUGCUCAACACUACAAGACUAUCAUGCUCAACACUACAACACUAUCAUGCUCAACACUACAACACUAUCAUGCUCAACACUACAACACUAUCAUGCUCAACACUACAACACUAUCAUGCUCAACACUACAAGACUAUCAUGCUCAACACUACAACACUACAACACUAUAUAUCAUGCUCAACACUACAACACUAUCAUGCUCAACACUACAACACUACAACACUAUCAUGCUCAACAUUGACACUCUUGGUGUACACAAGUUUGCUAAGCAAAAACAAAGACACAACACGUGGCUUACAAACACAAAGUGGUCCUGCUGGCACCACACUAGGCAUGCCCUGGCCCAAGAGCUGUCGCUCACUAUUCUAAGACAACUGGAUGAGCUACAAGAACUUAAAUAUUAACAUUUAAAGCAGAUGGGAAGCUACAAGGACGCUAAUGAAAAUAAAUCACUGACUUUCUGGUGUUAUCAGGCAGGAUCGUCAGUGAAGUUAACAGGAACGUCCUAAUCCGUCAAGUGCGCUCACACAGGCAUUGCAAAGGAACCCGAUCUGUCAAAUGUAUUGCCAGUCAUUGACAAGGAAACCUAAUAUGUCAACCAUGUCGACAGAGGGAGGUACCUCAGGCUGUCAAGUAUGUUGACAGAGGCAUGACAAGAGCACCUAAGGCUGUCAAGUGUGAUAACUGGCAGAGGCAGUUACAUGGUAGAGACAUGCCUGGUGGUGUGACUGAGUGGAGUGAGGGAGGUUCGUAGCUUCACAGCGGAAGGACGCAGGACUCCGACGAACAGUCCACACUCCACUGUUGUGGUGACGGGUGUCGCCUUGGAAGGGAAGUGCUGUGAUGUGAGGCUGCGGUGUGCUCGCGUCAUCCACCAACAACCACCACCACAUGUCCUUGACAGAGCCAACCGUGGACAUUUCAAUGCGGGAUCGGACACUGCAGUGAACCAGAAUACAUUUCGGGCAAGCGACUCCGGACGCAGCGAUCAACUAAUGCGAAUAGUAUUCACCACUGAUAACAUGUGACUUGUGAUCAAACUAGCUUUUGUCAGGAGAAGCAGGAGUCCAAUCCUCAAGAAGAGGAUCGAAACUUCAUUUUAUAACCAAAAAAAAGUUUCUAAUGCGAUGGGACGGACUCGAUAUUGAACCCACGACAUACGUGCCGGGAAUAUAAAGCAUUUCUCUAAGGUGAUGGCGGCACAGAAAUAGUCUCGACGAAGCGCUGAUCUUGUAUUAAUGUAACUUUAAAAUGACCAGAUGUAAUCAAAGUGAAAGAACUUAAGAUUGAACACUGUGAAAGAAACUCCACGGGUGAACACACACAGUGUAAGAAACUUUGCGAGUGGGGGCAUACAUAGUGAGAGAUCUAGUGUAGUGACUGCUCGCAGGAAAAAUCAUCUAUUCAGUGACAAAGACAGGAGGAUACUAACUCAACGCCGGUAAAAACAUAAUAGGAGGCAUUGGGAAAAGAUGAGUCAAUUCUAAACAAAGGUUAGUUGCGACACAGGAAAAAUAGAGCCGAACAGGAGUGACGCAAAGUGUAGUGUGUCACAGGCUCCUGCAGCAGUGAUAUCACUGGACUAGAGGCUCCUGCAGCGGCACUCAUACUAAAGAUUCCUGCAGCAGUGGUACCCCUGGACUAGAGGCUCCUACAGCAGUGGUACCCAUGGACUAGAGGCUCCUGCAGCAGUGGCACCCCUGGACUAGAGGCUCCUGCAGCAGUGGUACCCCUGGACUAAAGGCUCCUGCAGCAAAGGUACCCCUGGACUAGAGACUCCUACAGCAGUGGUACUCUAGGCCUAUAAACUCCUUCGACAGUAGGACUGCAGGUACCUGCAGCAGUUAUCUCCCACUGAACACUACGCACGUGCAGCAGCAGUACUGAAGGAAGCCCAAUCAUGCACCGUCUGACCAACUGUAUGCUGCUGGUGGUUCUCCAGCUGGUGGGUGCAGACACACAGCUGGCUCGCAACUGCCGCGUGUACCAUCUGCAAGCCCCCCGUGAUCCAACUCACAUGACCCCACAGGUGGUUUUCAGUGGUCACCUGGAGGUCUCGGUGCUAGUGAAGGAGGCGGACAGCCUCCCCAAGGAGGUGCAAAUCCACCUUGAGUCCUCAACCUCAAACUGGAAAUCUAUGUACGUGUUAAUAAACAAGGAUAGUAAAGUGUCUGUGCACGUGAAUGACACUCUCGUGGACGGCAAUCUCAGUCUAGCCGCCCACACCUGCACGCCCACACAUCCACCUGCUCACGCCUGGAUCACCCUAGUCAUCACCUUACACCGUGGACGGCUUCUUAUCUACAGACCUGAGGAUCGCCUACGUGUGCUGACAGCCGAGGUGCCACAGACAGACGGAGCUAUCAACGCCUACGUCACAUCUUCUGUGAUCAAUCACGUGGCUUUCAACUGCGCCUCAGGUUGUCUUAUACACGAUGAAGCAUCACCCUUGAUGGGUCACAACUUGAAGCUCGAAUCUGAGAUGGUGUACGUGAGCCUCGAGGGAAGAGGAGAUGAUAAACCACCUAAGAUGCUCCUGGCUUCCUUCAACUCCAAGCAGGAGGAUGACACUCCAGAGAAGAACCUGGAGGUGGACUUCAGCGAUGCCAAGACUGACCACUGGUACAAGGUGUUGCUCCAAGCUCAGAAUAGUACUCGUGCAGCUGACAGUGAGGAAGUUGUUACCGUGAGAGGAGUGCCAGUGAAGAACGUAUCGUACACCGUCAGCAACGCCACUGGAGUGCUGUGGACCUACCAGUGUUACCCAAACAUGACUAGAGAGAGGUGGGUCGAGGCACGUGAGAUGACCACUACUGCACACACCCCCACUGACUCUAGCAAGGACCAGAGCGGCGGUGCUCAGGCUGGCCAGGUGAUAGCCUGGGUCUUCACGGGACUGGCACUCUUCCUAGUGAUGGUGUUGGCACUGGCACUCUGUGCCAAGAUGACCCCCCCACCAGCCCGGACACACUCGGAUUUCAGACCUUCUGUGGACAUUGUCAGCCAGCGUUACGGAGUGAGUUCCGUCAGUCACAGAGAGGCAGAAGAGGAGAGUGAACCUGGUUCUCCGGUCUUGACUGUCUCUAGAACCCUUCACCCAGACGACCACUACUCCACCAAGGUUCUCUGAAACCCUCCAUUACUACAAGAUGCCCAAAUAUCAACUCCAAAAAUCUCAAAAGAUCAUCAGAAUUAGUCAAGUGAAAGGGCAGCAUUUUUCAAUAUUUGUAAUUUUACGAGGGAAGCGUUAAACAAGUAGGGAUCACCCAGCGCCUGGGAAAUGAAGGUAAUGAGGUUCGAACCAAGGAAGAGGUGGGCGAGCUACUUCGCCAGCAUCAAGAGUCCUUCGCCAGCAUCAAGAGUCCUUCGCCAGCAUCAAGAGUCCUUCGCCAGCAUCAAGAGUCCUUCGCCAGCAUCAAGAGUCCUUCGCCAGCAUCAAGAGUCCUUCGCCAGCAUCAAGAGUCCUUCGCCAGCAUCAAGAGUCCUUCGCCAGCAUCAAGAGUCCUUCGCCAGCAUCAAGAGUCCUUCGCCAGCAUCAAGAGUCCUUCGCCAGCAUCAAGAGUCCUUCGCCAGCAUCAAGAGUCCUUCGCCAGCAUCAAGAGUCCUUCGCCAGCAUCAAGAGUCCUUCGCCAGCAUCAAGAGUCCUUCGCCAGCAUCAAGAGUCCUUCGCCAGCAUCAAGAGUCCUUCGCCAAUCAAGGAUAAUUUUUCUUAGAUUUUGCCGCCGAAGUGGCUAGUUUAUUAUGCAUAUAUUCAUCUUGUGGACGGUAGCGCAAGAACAUAAGAAAACGGCCUAGGAACUAGGCUCUAAAGUGUUAACAUACACAAUAAAAGCCUAGAAGCUAGACCCUAAAGUAUUAACAUAAACAUUGUGAUCUUGUUUUCAUUAUAAUCUUUUCAUGGUAAUCUUGGUCCUCUCCCUCUCGUUCCUCUCUCACAAUAAACAUAACGCUGAGUGUGCACCAGGGGCUUUGUGAAUCAAAAUAUACUGUUUGUCACUGAGAUUUACAACAUUCAUACAAGUUCCUCCCGGACAAAACUUUUCAAAUACCAUGAAUCACUUACUAUGUCGUAUUCACAAACCUGCCGGUAUAUUUUAACACUGGAUAUACACUUAACAGACGCUGCAUGACCCCUGCUGGUUUAGUACUUCCCUGUGACUAUAAAAUUCGUGUGUUCUCUGUGUUCAAACACAGUGGUGUUCAGUAUUAAUCCUACAUCACACAGUAUUCUGGUAAGUCUUCCAGUUUUAAGUUUAAGCUUUCAUUCUCUGUACAUAUUUCUGUAUAUAAAAAAUAUAAUAAAAAUAGUUUUUCUCAGCUUUGCUAUUUGUUUAUGUUUUAAAUGUCAAAGAUGAAAAUUGAUGAAUAAAAUUAUGUUAAUAUGUA